UGCUUAUGUGGUUAUGUAUACUGACUUUCUUUCUGUACCUUCACAGUGUACUGUGUCAGUGAACUGAGUGACUCAUGGAUGAAGAUGAGGCUGAGUCGGAAGUGAGUAGGGGAGAAAAAGAAUAUAUAAAUAACUAAAAGCUCACAAGGAUGCCUCCAAAAAGGAAAAACGAUGCUAUAAUUCAGGCUGAAGAUGUUGGGAUGGAGGUGGAUGCUACGUUGGACAGUGGGAGUGAAGAUGAGGCCAGAAGGAGAAGCAAAAACAGAAGAGCCAAAGCACAGCGUAAAAAAAAACAGGUCAGUGAUGAUGAGGAUGAUGAAGAAGAUGAAGAUGAGGCACCAAGGAAAAGGGGACGAAGGAAGAGGACCAAGCCCCAAGACAGUGACCAAGACGAUGAGGAAGACAAACGCAGUGUGAGACAGAAAGGAGCCAAAGCUUCCAGGAGAAAAGCUGCAAAUGAGGAGCGUGAUGAGGAGAGCGAAGAAGAUCAGGGUAAAAGGAAGAAAGGAGGAAGAGCGGCUUCCAAACAGGAGAAAGAGGAUCAGAAUAAGGAGAAGAAGGGAAAUGUUAAAGGGAAAGACGAGACAAAUAAAGGCAGUGAGAAGGACAAGAAAAAGAAGAAUGGAAAGCAGAGCAGCUCUCCUGUUUCUUCCUCUGAAGACGAGUCUGAUGAAGAGUCGAUGUCAGAGGGAGAGAUCGCUGCCCUGAAAGAACAAGUAGAAGAAAAGAAGAAGCUGAUUGCUACAUUAAGGAACAAACCUUGGCGGAUGAAGAGGAGGCUCGUACUGCUCAAGGAGGCCCAGGAGUUUGUUGAAAAAUUUGAAGGUGCUCUCGGGAAAGGAAGAGGCAAGAAGUUGUAUGCGUUUAAAGUCAUGAUGACCAAGAAACUUAUCAAGUUUAAUCGGGACUUUGAGAACUUCAAAACAGCAUGUAUACCCUGGGAAAGGAAGAUAAAAGAAGUAGAAAGUCAUUUUGGAUCAUCGGUGGCAUCUUACUUCAUUUUUCUGAGGUGGAUGUAUGGCCUGAACCUGAUCCUGUUCGGGUUCAUGUUUGGUCUGGUGGUGCUGCCAGAGGUUCUCAUGGGUCUCCCCUAUGGCUCUAUUCCCCGGAAAACUGUGCCACGAUCUGAACAGGACACAGCCAUGGACUUCUCAGUGCUCUUUGACUUUGGUGGAUACUGCAAGUACUCUAUUUUGUUUUAUGGCUACUACAACAAUGAACGAACCAUUGGCGUGCUGAAGUUCAGACUCCCUCUCUCAUACCUGCUCACUGGUGUUGGAAUAUUUGGAUACAGCCUAAUGGUUGUCAUUAGAACGAUGGCUCGUAAUGCAAAUGAGGGAGGAGAUGGGGGUGAUGAAGGAGAGUUCACCUUCAGCUGGAAGAUGUUCACCAGCUGGGACUACCUUAUAGGAAACCCCGAAACUGCAGAUAAUAAGUACGCCUCCAUAACCACCAGCUUUAAGGAGUCCAUUGUAGAUGAGAAGGAGAACCAGAAGAAUGAAAACAUCCAUCUCCGACGUUUCCUCAGGAUUCUGGCAAAUAUUAUGAUCCUGUGCUGUCUCGGUGGCAGUGGUUAUCUCAUCUACUUUGUGGUGAAACGUUCUCAGGAUUUUGCUAAGAUGGAUCCAGCGUCUCUCACCUGGUUUCAAAAGAACGAGGUGGAGUUUGUGAUGUCUCUAUUGGGACUAGUGUGUCCUCCACUGUUUGAAACCAUCGCAGAGUUGGAAGAUUAUCAUCCCCGUAUUGCCCUUAAGUGGCAGCUGGGGAGAAUUUUUGCCCUCUUCCUGGGAAAUCUUUACACCUUCCUCUUUGCUCUCUUUGAUGAAGUUAAUGCCAAGCUGGAAACGGAGCAGGAGCUCAAGAAUGCCACUGAAUGGGCUAUACACGAGUACAAUGCCAACUACAGCUCCUACUACAACACGACGGAUGUGCCUCCACUGGUGGUGAACCCUGCAGAUGCUGUCAGAGGACCCUGUUGGGAGACUGCAGUGGGAAUAGAAUUUGUGAAACUUAUCGUGUCAGACAUGCAGGUAACCUUUUUGACUAUCUUGAUCGGUGACUUUGGGCGAGCUAUCACUGUCCGCUUCCUCAACUACUGCUGGUGCUGGGACCUGGAGGCCGGAAUCCCAUCAUAUGCAGAGUUUGACAUCAGUGGGAAUGUGCUGGGGCUUAUCUUCAAUCAAGGAAUGAUAUGGAUGGGAGCAUUUUACGCUCCAGGUCUGGUGGGUCUGAACGUGCUGCGUCUCCUGACGUCUAUGUACUUCCAGUGCUGGGCAGUGAUGGCCUGUAACGUUCCUCACGAGCGAGUUUUCAAGGCAUCGAGGUCAAACAACUUCUACAUGGGCCUGCUGCUCCUCGUGCUCUUCCUUAGCUUGCUUCCUGUCGUUUACACGAUAAUGACCCUGCCCCCGUCCUUCGACUGCGGCCCAUUCAGUGGUCAGGACAGGAUGUACGAUGUGGUUAUGGAGACUAUAACGCAGGAUUUACCAGCUUUCAUGGGGACCAUUUUUACAUACGCCACAAAUCCUGGACUUAUCAUGCCUGCCGUCCUCCUCAUGGUGUUGGCCAUCUACUACCUUAACACAGUGUCAAAGGGAUACCAACAGGCAAACCUGGACCUUAAAAAGAAGAUGAAAAUGGCCCGAGACGAGGAGAAGAACCGCAGGAACAACAAGGACAGCACUAAUCAAGUAAUGAAAGACUUGGAGGACCUCCUGCCAAACAAAUCUCUAAUACCGCCUCCCACUGAGGAAGAGCCGCCUCAUGAUAUUGUAAUUGAGAAGGGAAGCAAGUCUACCAAAAUGAAGCCAGGAUCUGCGGGGAAAGGGGUCAACCUACAAAAGGAGGUGUCACUGGCUGCCCCAAACCCCAGAAGGCCAGUGGCCCAUCCUCCUCGGGCACGGGGAGGGCCUCCUGGACAUCUCAGGGGCCCUCUACCUGGGCCUGGCAGAGGGAGAGGUCGGGGCGCUCCUCCGAGGACAUAAGAAGCAUGAUUCACAGUUACAGAUA